AUGAUGUCGGACCCGGCGACCGUCUCUUUUCUCCGCGACCUUUCGGCGCCGCCCGAGCACGCAUGGACGCGCGCAGCCGAUGUUGCUGAUUGGAUGACACGAAUGCAGCAGCAGUACGACCACCUGACCCGGCAAAACCUCCUGGACGCCCGGGAAAGGGAAAAGUUCCAAAUCGUAAAAAGGCAAGUGGAGCAGCAGUGGAAAGAGUUGCAGAAGCAGGAACUGCUGUUGACAGGUGGAGGUGGAGGAAAAAAUAAAUCGUCAUCCUCUUCGUCCUCGCCGAAAAAUAGUGACGGAAUAAACAGUACUAGGCAAAAUGACAGCCACGACAGCGGCAACCAGCGACAAAGAAACCAGUCGGAGAGGGAGGAACUAACGAUCUUAAAACAGCGCACCCAGCAAGCGACCGAGCAGAUGUCUUUAACCCAGAAACAGCUGGAAAAACAAGCGGAAAAGCUUACCGAAAUGCAGCAAAUCUUUGCUGAUUUCGACUUCUCCCUGCAGGGUGCGGGCAAGGCGAUGCUCCUGCUGAAGGCAAAGGCGAACGCCGAUGCGAAGUACGUCUACGCUGCGUUUUACUUCUUCGUCGCCGUUUGCGUGCAUAUAGUGCUCCGCCGGUUGAAAGUGUACUUCUUCGCCAGCCUGUUUCUGUUCGACCUGCUGCAACCCGUGUUGAUAAUGCUCUGGGACGUGCUGGCUCCGUUGCUUUUUGGAGAGGAGGCUUCAGCUGGGCUGGUAGUGAAAGAAACCCUGGAGCAGGACAGGACGAUACUCGCCGCCAGCAGAAAUCAACCGCAAGCGCACGGCUCGUUCGGGGAAUUGUAGCAGCGGAGGAGGUGGUGGUCAGCCACAUUGAGGACCCCGUUAAGACAGUUGGACGAGCACAAUAACGGCCUUGUAGUCAUUCUCCAUUUCCAAGAAAACGAAAUGAAUACUCGAAUCAAAAACGAAACGACUACGACAACGCAUAUUUGUUUACUGUGAAGUAAGGAGAGAACGCUCACAAUGUACAACCAAACGGACGUUGAUAACAAUCGG